AUGACGCUGAGACAGGGGUCCUUCCUGUGGUACCUCUACCUGGACAAGCUGUACUGCCUGCUGUCCGUGAGAAACGUGCGGGCCUUGGUGGAGUACUUCCGCCUCCUCGACGUGCACCGCAACAACACCCUGAACGAUGUGCUGUUCUACCACUUUCUUCACCACGUGACCAACUGGAACCGCAGACAGAUCAUGAGCGUGUUCGACAUGCUGGACUGGGAGGCCAUGGGCGAGAUCGGUUUCGACCAGUUCUACGUGCUGGUCUGCAUACUGCUGGCCCAGCAGAACCACCUGGAAGAGCAGUUCAUCUACCGCCACUCCCGGCCGGUGUUCGAGCUGCUGGACCUGGACGGGGAGCUGAAGAUCGGCGCGGAGAACUUCCGCAUGUACAACUUCCUCUUCCACAUCAAGAAGCAGGAGUUACGGGACUUCUAUCGCGACCUGGACAUCACGGGGGACCGUCGUCUUAAUUACAAGGAAUUUAAGCUGUUUACCAUCUUCACCAUGGACAAGUACCAGGAGAAGCAGAAAGUGGAGAUGGAAGAGAAGGAGAGGGAGGAGGAGGAGAAGGCUCUGCUGAAAAAGGAGACGUCCCUCGAAGUGUACGUGACCCCGAAAGACAGUCUCCGUGGAGUGAAGGAACCCGAGAGUAGAGUGGGCCUGAGCGGCGGGUGCGAGCAGCAGCAGCAGCAGCUGGGCAUGGGACCAGUAGGCUACACUGAGGAGGUGACUGCAGUGUCCGCCCAGGACCACGGGACUGGGCCCUCCACAGUCUCUAUCAGCCACUAA